AUAAAUACAACUCGCAAGAUAUUCGAUUACCCUCUCGAGGACGGGUAGCUGAGCUUUGGCGUGUCGGGUGUGAAAGGUCAAAAUGGGUAUCAAAUCAAAAGCCGUUCUAGUGUCUCUGUUUUUGUCAUCCCUCUUGUUUCCCCUGGCAUUCUCUGUCUCCAGUGAUGGGUUAGUAAGAAUUGGACUGAAAAAGAAGAAAUUUGAUCAAAACAACCGGCUUGCUGCCCAGCUUGAGUCUAAGGAAGGGGAGUCUUUAAGAGCUUCUAUCAGGAAGUAUCAUCUCCGAGGUAAUCUUGGGGAGUCUGGAGAUACUGAUAUUGUAGCGCUGAAGAAUUACAUGGAUGCUCAGUACUUUGGUGAGAUUGGUGUUGGGACACCCCCUCAAAAGUUCACUGUAAUCUUUGAUACAGGGAGCUCUAAUCUCUGGGUGCCGUCAGCAAAGUGCUAUUUCUCUGUUGCAUGCUAUUUCCAUUCCAAGUACAAGUCAAGCCAAUCAAGUACCUACAAGAAGAAUGGGAAAUCUGCUGAUAUUCACUAUGGUACUGGAGCUAUUUCUGGAUUCUUUAGUCAGGACAGUGUCAAAGUUGGUGAUCUAGUUGUAAAGAAUCAGGAAUUCAUCGAGGCAACUAGAGAGCCUAGUGUCACAUUUUUGGUGGCCAAGUUUGAUGGUAUACUUGGACUUGGAUUUCGUGAGAUCUCAGUUGGAAAUGCUGUCCCAGUGUGGUACAACAUGGUCAAACAAGGUCUUAUAAACGAUCCAGUAUUCUCAUUUUGGCUCAACCGAAAUGCGGAGGAAGAUGAAGGUGGUGAAAUCGUGUUUGGUGGAGUUGAUCCCAACCACUACAAGGGUGAGCACACCUACGUGCCAGUUACACAGAAAGGCUAUUGGCAGUUUGAUAUGGGUGAUGUUGUCAUCGAUGGUACACCAACUGGGUACUGUGGUGAUGGGUGUUCCGCAAUUGCUGAUUCUGGAACUUCUUUGCUAGCGGGUCCCACGACAGUGGUCACCAUGAUAAAUCAUGCCAUUGGAGCCAGUGGAGUUGUUAGCCAGGAAUGCAAGGCAGUAGUCCAACAGUACGGACAAACAAUUAUGGACUUGCUUAUAUCAGAGACGUCGCCAAAGAAGAUAUGCUCUCAAAUUGGAAUAUGCACUUUUGAUGGAGCUCAUGGUGUUAGCAUGGGCAUUGAGAGUGUAGUCGAUGAGAAGAAUGGUGGCAAAUCAGCUGGUCUAAGUGAUGCUAUGUGCUCUGCUUGUGAAAUGACUGUUGUGUGGAUGCAAAACCAGCUUAGGCAGAAUCAGACACAAGAUCGUAUAUUGAACUAUGUCAAUGAGCUUUGUGACCGACUGCCUAGCCCGAUGGGAGAAUCAGCUGUAGACUGUGGAAGCAUGUCUUCAAUGCCUAGUGUUUCCUUUACCAUUGGUGACAAAGUUUUUGACCUCUCUCCCGACGAGUAUGUACUCAAGGUGGGUGAGGGUGCCGCGGCACAAUGCAUUAGUGGUUUUGUUGCAUUGGAUAUUCCUCCUCCUCGUGGACCUCUCUGGAUCUUGGGAGAUGUCUUCAUGGGUCGCUACCACACCGUAUUUGAUUAUGGCAAUCUAAGGAUUGGAUUUGCAGAAGCAGCAUAAGUGAACUUUAUCUUGGAUUUGCAGAAGCAGCAUAAGUGAACUUUAUCUGUAGGGAUCUUAAAUCCGUGUUUCUCUAUAUGCUUCUUGUUAUGAAUGUUUUUACAAAUACUGUUUAAGAAGGUGCUGCAGUCUCUGCCAUAACAAUACGUUUAUUUGUAAAUAUUUCAGUACUCCCUUCCUUUUUAUCAAAUAUAUAAUGAACCAUAACAAAAGUUGCUGUUUGCUUCA